AUGGCAAGGGCAAAAGCUCAGCCACGCAGAUUGCAACUCCUCCUCAUCAGAUUUGCUGGUUUCCUCGCUCUGGUGCUUAUGGCACUGGUGACCUGUAGUCACACGGUUGGCAUGCUAGAUCGAAGCUCACUUCAACUCGCGUCCAUCGCAGAGCCCACCAUGCACUCUGAAGCGGCCAACCGGAGCUAUCCUGCAAAAGAUGCCGGCCUCAGACUGGGUUCGGGUGCAUGGAUGCCUCCGACAACGUCGCCUGCCUUGGCCGCGUUUCUCCCAGCUGAAGAUGGGCCCGAGACGUCUUUGCGUCAGGUGAGCACAGCUGUCCCGACGGCUCAAGCUGAACCGAUUAAGGUUGGCGAUACGAGCACAUUGGAUCGAGUCCACAUCUGCUUCUGCAGCGAUGAUGCUGACUUGCGGCCUUUGGCAGUGGCGAUUAACUCCACGAUGCAGCACGCGAGCCGAUCCGAGCAGCUCCUUUUUCACGUGGUCACGGCGGAAGACAAGGUUUCGGCCGUUGCACGGACGCUGAGGGAAAUUAUGCCGCCAUUGCAAGCACAGCUUGUGAUGCACAGCAACGCAACUCUGCAAGCACACAUCAAGAGCUUGAUCAGCUAUCGCAAAAGCUCGGGGGCCAGAAAAGGCUUGGCAAGCCCCUUCAACUUUGCCCCCUUCUAUUUGGAGGAGUUUCUGGCUGCAAAGGGGUCGGAAGUGCCAAGCAGGCUGGUGUACAUGGAUUCGGACGUUGUCCUACAAGGUGAUGUGGCCUUGCUCGCAAAGCUCGACAUGGAAGGCCACCCAGUGGCAGCAGUGGAGGACUGCUCGCAACACUUCGAUUUGUACAUAGACUUCGACGAGUUGUCCACCCUCGGCCUUAAGCGCCCCGGCUUGGAACCGGCGGAAUGCGUCUUCAACCGUGGCGUGUUCGUCAUGGACGUUCGAAGGUGGAAGAAGCUGCAGAUCACCCGGGAGAUUGAGCGCUGGAUGGCGCGAUACCGCGAAGCGAAGAAAGACUUAUACAAGUUCGGGCUCUCUCAGCCCCCCUGGCUUCUUGCUCUGCACGACAGAUACAGCCAUCUCAGCGAGACAUGGAACUGUCGCGGUCUUGGCCGGGAAACAUUGUCUCAGAAGGAGCUCAAGGAGUUGAAGGCCGACUUGAAAAUGGAUUUCAAGGCGCUGCAGAAGGCUGGAUUGCGCCCUUCAGGGGAUCAGGUGCAGCCUUACCUUGCGUCAUGCUCGGCUGAUGCCAAGCUGCUUCAUUUCAAUGGAAAGUUGAAACCAUGGCAGGCUGACAAAUGGGCUUCCAGGCAGCGUGCUCCAAUUUGCUUGGCGCAUGGCAGCACUUUCCGCCAAUUGCAGCGGAAGGAGGUUGCUGGCAAGACUUUUGUACGCUGUGCGGAUUUGUGGUCCUACUUCUUGUCGCCUGAAGCCGAGACCCUCCUCCUCGCCAGUCGUGCGAGCACCUGA